AAUCCAGUGACCGCGGAAGCGAAGUUCAAAUAUUCAAAAUGCUCUGGGGUGGUGGGGAUGCCGCUAAAGCCAGAUUUUCAGAUAUCCAGUAACAGACGAAUUGUGGUACGAUCCAAAACCAUUUUUCAUCCCCUUCAUUGGUUUGUGAUACUGCAAGCAGCAUCCGAAAUCAAUGGAUAAACGACUCCGUUCGUCUCUGCAAUCCUCCGCCGAAGAGUUCCUGUCGGCCGCCGCCAAAUUACCGCUAAGAUCUUCCAAAGCCACCAUUAAAAGCUCGAUUAACACCUUAAUCAAACCCUCGUCAGAUCUAAUCUCCACUCUCCCCUUCUCUCUCCGCGAUUCCAUUUCGCGCGCCAUUUCUAAAUUCAAACAUCUCUCCGACUCGACUUUCGCGGCGUCUCCCUUGACGCCUCCGGCGAAGCGUGUCCGAAGAUCUGCCAGGAACAAGAAAGACGACGACGGCGAAAAUGAGGGACCGUCUACCGCAGAGAAACUCCAGGUUUAUGCCUACAUCUUGCAUCUCUGCGUCUUCCAUCCCAAUAAUGUUUUCUCCGUUUCUGAUUUAUUGCCCGCCGCACAAGAGCUGCAUGAUAACUUAAUUUUGUUCGAGUCCGACUCGACUUUGCUCUCGGAGAUCGCUAAUCUAUGUGAAGAGUGGUGGAAGGUGGGUUUAUUAGGGAAAGAAACCCUAAUUUCUCAAUCCUUGCCAGUUAUUUUGUCGCGCUCUUUGACUUCGAAGAAGAAAGUUGAUGUCCACAGAGUGUAUAGCCUUCGAGAAGCUUUCUCGUUGUUUGAUUUCGAGGACGAGAGUAUCGAGGACCUGAAAAAUUUGCUGAUUCGCUGCGUGAUUUCAGAUUUGUAUUUGAAGACAGAGGAUGGUAGGAAAUUCAUCGCUUUUCUGUUCGGUCUUAGCAUGCAGCUCACAAAGGAAUUGUGUGCGAUGAUAAAAACGCAGAUCCCAUUUGGGCGAAAAUCAAUCUUAGAGGCGUAUGGUGAAAUAGUAUUUAGAGGAUGGAAGACGGUGGAGAGUGAAUGCAAGGAUGAGAUUGAGAAUGGGUUUGUACAAGGGUUAGUGGAGGGUGCUAUAUACGCCAGCUUGCCAGAUUUAGCCGCAUCGAUUAGAAGGAUUUUAUGGGGCUUUGUUCAACAGAGAACAACCGAGGGAGUAGAGAAACUGAUAUUUCGUCUGGCAGAGCCAGUAAUUUUCCGGUCACUUCAGGUCGCUAAUUCAAAUGUUCGCCAGAAUGCAUUGCACUUACUCUUGGACCUGUUUCCUUUAGAAAAUCCUGAUGCUACUAAGGAGGCUAAAGAUACACUACUGGAAAAGCAAUUCUUUUUGUUGGAGAAAUUACUCUCAGAUGAAUGUCCAGAUGUGAGAGUUGUAGCAGUAGAAGGCAGUUGUCGAACUCUUCACCUGUUUUGGGAAGUUGUUCCUUCACCAGUCAUUAAAAAGAUGAUUACCAUAAUUUUUGAUCACAUGAUUUAUGAUGCUUGCACUGAGGUCAGACUCUCCACAGUGAAUGGCGUUAUAUAUUUGCUUGGCAAUCCUCAGUCUCAUGAGGUCCUCAAAGUGCUUUUACCAAAAUUAGGGAAUUUGAUUAUGGAUUCCACAUCAGUAGUACGUGCUGCUGUUGCUGAUCUCCUUCUCCGGUUGAACGACAUUCGGAAUUUUCAUUUCCAUAAGGUAGUUCCCCUGGAUGUAUUGAUUUCAGCUCUUGCCAAUGACCAACCAGUUAUUGCAAGGAAAAUCACAAAACUUCUUAUACCAUCCUAUAUCCCCUCCAAAGUGACUGAGGAAGAAGCAUGUAAGCGUGUUAUCACUCUUAUCAAAAGGUUCCCUAAUGCUGGAGCAAGAUUUUGUGAGUUUGUAGCACUGGAAGGAGCUUCUCUGAGAUCUCUUAUGAGACUUUUUAAGAUUUUUAUCGGUUUGACUGUCUCAUCUGUUAAGCUUAGUGAAGAGCAGAUAGAAGGUUUACUUGUUGCAGCCUCUCACCUUUGUACUGUUCUUGCGAAGGAUGCAUCUCUCCUGGCAGCCCUCAAGGAAGAGUUGUCUGCAAAAAACUUAAAGGCUCUUUUUGCCGUUGCUUCCUCUACACGUGCUCAGUCUUCUGUCUGCAACAUUAUAUCUCUUACAUCACCAGAUGCUGCAUGUGACCUUUUUGGAGACUGCAUGGGCUUGAUCACAAAAUGCAGAGGUUUAUUAGAUGAUACUGAAAGGCAAGCUGACGUGAGGUGUGCCCACAAGAUGAUCGUAUUGAGUGGUUCGUUUGAGGACAUGUUUGAAGAACUGGUUGGAAUUCUGCAAAGAGCUGCCCACGGUUGUCAUGUAAAAUUUGGAACAGAUUUAGGAGAAGAAAGUAUAAAGUCCACAAAAAGAACUAAAAAAAGAUCUUCUAUGAGAAUUUCAUCAAAGUCAAAACAUGGCAAAGGUAAAAAACCAUCUGACACUGGUGAAAACAGAUUUUUAGAAGAUUAUGCUCUUGCUGUUGGGCUUGCAUGGCAGAUCAAGGACUUGCUUCUGUCUGACAUUACAAGGAAAGCACUAUUAUGUUCUCGAAACUUAGAAAGUGCAUACUCAGCGCUGAAGGUCAUUUCUGAAGCUAGUAUUCUGCAUUCUCAGCAGUAUGAUUAUUUAAACACGUAUCCUGUUUCUGCAUACACAACUCUGACCCUGCAUAUGUCUCUUCAUAACAUCAAGACAGAUGGAAGUUGGGACUCUACGCAGGAUAACCCCUCAGAUAUGACUUUGAGCCAUCUACUUCUCUGUGCAUAUAACCUUUUCAAAGCCAACAAUGACAAGAAGUCUGGCAAGUGUCCUUCAGGAUCAUCACCUCACGCUAGCAAGAUACCACCUGAAUCCAGUACAAGUACGACUCAAACCGGCACCAGCUUGACAAAACAAAUAAAUAUAAAUGUGGUGAAGGGGUUAACUUCGAUUCUGAAAUUCAUUAUUGAUGCAACUGCAAUGAAUCUUGUUCCUCGCUAUCAAGAAAGAUGCUUGAGUUUCACCACGGAAAAUCUGAGAUUCGUCAUUACGAAUUUGAAGGAAUUAUCCACAGCUGAGUUGCAGCUCACAGAAGAUGAUCUGAAACAUCUAAUUAUUUGUCUAAAGAGUUCAUUUACAUAUGGAGCCAAGUUACUUAAUGUAGUGCUUAAAGCUGGUGAAGUUUCAUCUCUUCAACAAGGAGCUUACAAUCUUGUGAAUGAACAACUUAAUCUCCUAGUUGCAGUUGAAGAGCUUCUUGGAUACGGAUGUGCUGCUCGCUUUUCCACAGUUGUUGAGCCAUGGGUUCCUGAUCUGGCUUUAGCUUUGGGAUCCUAUUGCUUGCUGGAACAGGCGGGGGAUGAGGGGUUAAGUUUUGGUUCAUCCGAGAAUCCCACAUUCCAUGUCCCUUCUUGGUUUCACAAAUUAGCUUGGAUUGAGCUUUGUGAACUAAGAAGCACUGGCUCAGGCGAGGAGAUUGAGAAAGUUCAGCAUCCAAAUGACUUUUUAGCAUUCAAGAGACUUGUAGAAACGAUGUCAAAACUAUUCAGCGCGAAUGCCAAAUUACUAGAUGCUGUGGGAGUUACUUUCUUAACUGGUUCACUAAAUGCAUUACGAAGCAAGAAUCUCGAUACUGUCUUGGGUGUUCUGCAUUUUGUUUGUAGAAAACUAAUCAGAGCUGAAGACUGGAAAGAACUCAAGUUGAUGUUGGCAUCUCUUGAAAAGGUCUACUGCAAAUUGGAGACAGAAGCUGACCAGCAAGAUAUCAGUGAGGAUGAUAGGCAAAAGUUAUACGGUGCCAAGGCAUUGCUUGAACCUGUCUGGACAUCAUUUAUUUAUGAAGAAAGGAGGCAUUCAAUGGAGGAAGAAUGACACCUCAAGAUAUUUUGAUGGGAAAUAAUAAACAGGAUAUGUGACUCAAAAUUUAUUUAGUUAUGAUGCUAAUGUUCAUAAUUUCUGAUUUCUUAAAUUUAUUUUCCUAUAAAUGCAUUACUUAAUUGGCAUAA